GUAAUUUUACAUAACCUCUAAAAUAAAUAUAGAUGGCAAUACCAUAUAAGAUUAAAUACAUCGAGUUUUCUCUGGCAAUUUGGAGUUUCACUGUAAUUUUGGAAAAAAAAUAUCGCUGAAAUAAGUUAUGCGAUUUCUUCAGAAAUACCUUUUUUUGCAUUGAUUAUACAUAAGUUUUAUCUGGUGGAGAAUCGACGUCGCAAUGAGUCUGAGACGAAUAUACGACUUUGUCAUUCGUCGAAAUGUGCGAGUUCAAGGCGUCCUUGGGAGAUUCUUCGCCACAGAGCCAGCGGAAUCUAAGAACGAGAUUGUUGAUAUAACUUCUGCCGACGAGAAACCAGUGUAUUCUCUAAUGGACGAUCAGGAGUUUCAACAGGAACUUGCCAAGAAGCGGAACAAAUCCCGAUUGAAUCCGCAAGAUAGGAACAUGCUCAUAGGUCUACGUCCUUAUGAUAAGCCUAUGUCGUGGCAUCACUAUAAAGUGAAAUACAAGAAAGUUACAUUGGGUAGAUAUGGAUUGACAGCCAUUGACGUUCCGGCAGGAUUUGCUUGGCCCACUCAGAAAGAAAUAAGAAAUGCCAAAGAGUACGAGAGAGUUGCUUUUCCAUUAUCUCUUCAGGAUAGAUGGAAGCAACUAGAAGAAAGAAAGCAAAAAAAAGCUGCUCGGAUUAAAGAAAGAGAAAACCAAUUACUUGAGAAAAUGAUGAAGAUGGAUGAAUGGACAGCUCAGUUGAACGCUAAAAUUGCUAAGAAGGAAGCUGAGCUAGAGGCUGCAAGAUUGCGAAAGGAACGUCUGGUAGAGGAAGUCAGGAGACACUUUGGCUUCAAAAUUUCGCCUCAUGAUGAUAGAUUCAAAGAGAUGCUGUUGCAGAAAGAAAAGGAGGAGAAAAAGAAGAAGAAGGAGGCUAAGAAGCAGGCGAAACUCGAAAGGAUGACUAAUAUGAUCCAAAGAGCAAGCAAAAACGAGAAUCAAGAACAAAAAACCGAUUCAACAAAAUCUGUAGAAUAAUAUUUUCAUUAAUGAGAAAUAAAAUGUAAAAUUUUAAUUGUAGCUAAUAAAUUUAUAAUUCUUAA